AUGGCGAGCAAGAAUCAACUUUUCCUCGGCCUGUUCGUGCACAGCAAGGCGCUCGACGAGCUGGAGUAUCUACAUAACACAGCCGUGUGUGUGGACAAGUCCGGGACUAUUGUGGCUGUCGAGAGUGAGUGCGACGAGGCGAGGGCAAGAGAGACCCUGUUCCCGCGGCUGGGGUGGGAGCCCAACGAGGUGGAUGUUGUCUGCGCAAGGGAAGGGCAGUUUUUCUUUCCCGGAUUCAUUGACACGCACCUCCAUGCCUCACAAUACCCCAACGUCGGCAUCUUCGGCAACUCGACCCUCCUCGACUGGCUCAACACGUACACUUUCCCCAUGGAAGCCUCCCUCGCGAACCUGGCCAAAGCCCGCCGCGUCUACACGCGCGUCAUCCGCAAGACGCUGUCCCACGGCACCACCUGCGCCGCCUACUACGCCACCGUCGACGUCCCCUCGACCAACCUCCUCGCCGACUUGUGCUUUUCCCACGGCCAGCGCGCCCUGGUCGGCCGCGUGUGCAUGGACCAGCUCUCGCCCGACUACUACCGCGACGCGUCGCCACGGGACUCGGUCGCCGCCACGGAACAGUCCAUCGCCCACAUCCGCGCGCUCGACCCGGACUCGCACAUGGACAUGUCCAGGGCUCUCGUGCGGCCCGUCAUCACCCCGCGCUUCGCGCCCUCGUGCUCGGCCGAGCUGCUGCGCUCGCUCGGCGACCUCGCUGCGGAGACUAACCUGCCGAUCCAGACGCACAUCAGCGAGAAUAAGCCCGAGAUUGAGCUUGUCGCAAAACUCUUCCCCGAACACGAGAGUUAUGCAGCCGUCUACGAUGCGACCGGCUUGCUCACGGACCGCACCAUCCUCGCCCAUGCCGUGCAUCUCACAGAAAAGGAAGCCGACCUCGUCGCCCAGCGCGGCGCGAAAGUAAGCCAUUGCCCCUGCAGCAACUCGGCGCUGACCAGCGGCGCGUGUCCCGUGCGCUGGUUGCUGGCUAAGGGGGUGGUAUGCGGUCUGGGAACGGACAUGAGCGGGGGGUACAGCCCCAGCGUGCUGGAGGCGGCGAGGCAGGCUGUGUUGGUUAGCAGGCAUGUUGCUAUGGGCGGUGGUGGGGAUGGGGACAAGCUAGGCGUGGAGGAGGUGCUGUACCUUGCGACGAGGGGCGGGGCUGAGGUGGUCGGCUUGAGGGGUAAGGUUGGCGGGUUCGAGGUCGGGAUGGAGUGGGACGCGCAGUUGAUUGGGUUGGGCAUGGUUGCGGAUGACGGGGAGGACAGAGCACAACAGGGAGAGGGACAAGGUGGGGGUGAAGAUGAUGGGGAUGUGGAUGUCUUUGGGUGGGAGAGCUGGCCUGAGAGGAUUGCGAAAUGGGUGUUUAACGGGGACGAUCGGAAUACGAAGAAGGUCUGGGUCCGUGGCCGGCUGGUGCAUCAACGGAAGGGGGAGUGGUAA